AUGCAUUUGCAGGUCGAAGCUCGUGUACCAUUGUUUCGUGGUGAUCUCAAGGACGACACUUGCAACCAAGUUACUGCCUACCUUUGUUUAGGAUCUGAUAGUGCUGCCUCUGCUAAACUUUUCAUGGAUAACCACAGUUACCACUAUUCCAUGCAGUUCGGCGACAAUGAUGUCCCGAAACCGUCAGUUGGUGUCGUAUUUGCACACAAAUUUACUGAAAUCGCAAAGAACAAAGCCGAAUGGCCUGAGGUCUCGAUCCCUAUGGUCGCUUUGACCAGCACUUCGGUGUAUGCGGCACUCUUUUGGAAGGCCCAGGGCUCUCCGCCUAAAUUUAACUUCACAGGGAAUCAGUUUAGCGAAGUCUACAUGUUCCAUGUGCAAUUUCUCAAGGAUCUGAAGAAGAACGCACCACAGAAAUUCCACAAACUCAUGGCGGACAUUUUCGCUGCAAUAGAUGGUCUCACGCAUACCAAGAAGGCUGGUACAGAUUCGAAAACUGAUGCACUUGCGUUCCUUGAUCUUGAUGGGAUGGAUGAGUAG